AUGGAUUUUCUGGAUUAUCAAACAUUCUCCGUAGGAGAUCAAAAUAACCUUCAAGAUGAUACCUCCUUACCUGAACCAACAUCAAGAUUGGAUUUAUCUUCUAUACCAACAAUGGCUGCACAAGAAAGAGAAUUUAAACUACCCUUCAUAGGAGCCGCUUUGAAAAAUGCUGUCGGUAAUACAACUUCGGCCGCUUCGGCUACUUCCACUGCCAUUGCUAGUACUUCCUCAACAAAGAAGAAUGAUACUACAGCAGCACCUUCUAUUUCGAGAAAUAUAGUGGAUUCAACUCUUUAUACAAAAAUGUCUGUAUAUGCUACCAAAUCUAUUGAUACAUUGACCUCUUCAUUGAGCACUUCAUCUGAAAAUGGUGUCGCAUUUGAUAAUAUCAAUUCUCAAAUAAUUGAUGAUCAUUAUAAUAAUAUACCCUUACCAAAUUCAAAUAUACCUGAUAACGAAAAUGAUAAUGAACAAAAGACAAAAAAAGAUGUAACAAAUUUAGUCUUAUCUAAAAAAUUAUCAAGAAUAUUAAACGAUUACUCAAUUAACAAUGACUAUAAUAAUACAGUAAAAUUAAGAAAUUCUUUGAAAUUUUUAGAAGAAAAGAAGAAAUCUUAUAAUAGUAAUAGUAAUAAUGAAAAAUUAAUAACUCCAGAAUAUAUUGGAAUAUUGGCAAGGAAAACUUUAAGAAGUGAUUUGGAAAAUGAAUUAUUAAAAGAACAUAUCAUUGUCUUAGAAGAGUUUAAACCAAUUGUGAGAAGAAUUAAAAGAUUCUCUUCUUCCGUGGAAAAUAUCUCCAAAAUUAGUGAACAACUUAUAGAUAGAGCAAAUGAAACCAGCAAUCAUGGUACAACUGACUCCGUCUUUAAUCAAGUCGAGGCAUUGCAAAAUCAAGUGAAUUUGUUAAGAUUAAAACAUCAAUUAUUAACUAACAUUCAAAAAAAUUUCACAUUAACUCAAAUUGAAGAUGAUAUAAUCAUCAAUGGGCCGAUUGAUCUAGAAUUUUUCAAAGUUAUUAAUAAAGUUUUGAAAAUUAAAAAAAAUGCUACAUUCUUGUUGGCUCUAGAUAAUAUGGAACCAGGUACAAAUUUAAUUAAUCAAAUUAAUUCCAUAAUACAAAUCAUUAAUAAGAAAAUCUUUAAUUUUUUGAUAGAUUUCGUUUACGACACUUCACACAUAAACAAUGGAACUAAUAAUAAUAAUAAUGAUAAUAAUAAUAAUAAUAAUAAUAAUAGUUAUUCCAACGUAAACGAUAAUGUAAUUAUUUUCCAAAAAUCUUUGAUCUUUUUAUCAAAUGAUUUACCAUAUUUUGAUGAAUUCUUUAAGAGAGUCACUUCCAUUAGAUCAAAAAUAAUAUUAGACGAAUUUUUAUCUCAAUUCGAAUUAGCACACCAUCAUAGUUCAUCAUCAUCUCACAAGAAUAACUCAAAGACAAACUCUUCUGACUUGAAUAAACCACUAAUAUUAUCUGCUCAUGAUCCUAUUCGUUAUAUUGGUGACGUAUUGGCUUCAAUUCAUUCAAUCAUUGCUAAUGAAGCUGAUUUUAUUAAAUCGUUAUUUAAAUUUAAACAGAUAUUACAACAAGAAGAAGCACAAGAAGACGCACAUAAUGAUAGCAUAAGUUAUCUUCAAGAUAAAAAUUUGGAAUUUUUAACAGGUUUAGAUUUAAAAUUAUUAAACGAAAUUAUUCAAUCGUUAUCGAAUUCAAUAAAAUUAAGAAUUGAACAAAUUAUAAAAUUUGAAUCCAAUCCAAUAACUAAUUUUGAAAUAUUACAGUUAUUAAAACUGUAUCAAAUGAUGUUUAUUAAAAAGGGUAUCAAAUCUAAUUCCUCUUUGAUCAACAAUUUAAUCAUUUUACAAAAUUUAUCAAACGACAAAAUCAUCAAUUCAUUCACUCAAUUCAUUGAUAAUGUUAAAGAAUCAAAUCAAUUUGCACUAACUACUGCCGCGACAACUGGUACUAAUACUACUACUACAACACAUACCGCAAAAAAAAAUAUCUCCAUUAAACAUAAUGGGAAUUUCGGUGAUGAUUUGUUACCACCAGAAUGGCUUUCUACUUAUCUAAGUAAAAUCACUGAAUUAUUUGAAGAAAUUGAUAAAAGAGGUACUCCCUUUAAUGAUGAUGCCCACGAUGAUGAUGAUGAUGAUACGAUAGCCACCGAGGACUCGCAUGAUGUAAUAAAUCAAUAUAAUAUGGAAAGACUGAUUGAAUCACCAAUCUUUGAUGUGCUAAUGAAGGAAAUUAAAAACACUUUCCCAUUAGCUAAAAAAAAUGAAAGUGUCAAAAUUUCAUUAUUAACUGUUCAAAUUAAUUGCUUCGAUUUAAUUAAUUCGCGUUUACAACCAUUCAACCAUUCUAGAAUGAUAUUUUCCAAAUCAAAGAACCCAAAUAUUCAUAAAAUUUUAGAUAAAAUUAAUGACAACCUUCAACAAUUCAUUGAUACCAUGAAAGAAUUACAAGAAAAAUUAUUAUUUGAAAAAACUGGUCUAUCAAUUUAUAAUAAUUUAUUCAACAUGAUUUUCCCCAUUGAUGCUGUACAAGAUAAAUUAGAUUACGAUAUGUAUCAAUCAUUAUUAGACAAUCCGUUAAUGAAUAUAGACACGAUUAAUAACACAGUUCACACAAAAUUAAAUGAAUACCUACCAAAUGCUUUGAAUGAUAUUCAAGAAAAUUUAUUGUUUAAAUUAAAUUCACCAAGUAUCGUAGAUGCAAUUUGUGAUCAUUGUUUCGGUAAAAUAUCAUUAUUUUAUAAAAUCUUUAGAGAUGUCUUAUUUCAUCUUUAUGCUAAUGAGGAUGUUAAAAAUGCAAAUGAGAAAAAACAGAAAAUAUCCGAUAUUUUGAAUUUUUCAAGUGAAGAAUUUAAUACCUUGUUAGGUCUUUGA